AUGCAGCAGCUUGUGCGCCUACUAGUCGCCGCGUGCGUGGCGACGGCGAUGGCAGCAACUCCGUGCGACGAGAGGAAGCUGGAGCGAGAUGCUGUGCUGCUGCUGGCGGAGCACGUGGACGUGGAGCUGGGCGGCGUCGGCGCGGGCAAGCGCGACGUCGUGGGCUUCCAGUAUCUGAAACCAGCGGACGCUCUGCUGGCGGCGCAAGCGCUCGCACACGAAGACUUCAACCAGGCCGCAACGCAGGUCCAGCGCAUCCUGCAGUACCAGAAGCCCAACGGAUUGCUGCCUCACUUAGUCUACGGUCCGUCCGUGCCGUCAGAUUGGCGUUGGAUUCCCAGCAACCGCACCUUCCACCCAGGCCCGGCAUUCUGGCAACAAGCCGCGCCGGAGGAACAGCACCAAGCUCAGGCGUCGUCGUCGCGUUUGCUAAACACCUCAACGAUCUCCGCUCCGCCCGUUGCUGCUGAUGUCGCCUGGGAGAUCUUCCGCUUAGCACCUUAUGACUCGGUCCUGGGGGUGAGGACGACCGCUGUACAAUUCUUAUGUCACGUCUACGAACCCCUCAUGAAGCUGCAGAAGCACUUGUUCUCUACUCGUCGUGGCCCUGCCCCAUACAGCUUGCUGACAGCUCGUCACCCUUGGGAAACGUUUUCGUCACUUUCACCGCACUGGAGAGACUUUCUUGCCGAACUAAAGAGUGCACCAGACUAUGAUACGGUCGUAGGUUCAAUUCCCGAGGAAGCCCGCACUCGAUUUGCAAAUGGAGCGAUCAGUGUAUUAUCAGCUGAAGACGCGGUGGAAAAUCUGUACGAGCCCAUGAUAUAUAUUGCAGGACAUCAGCGGCAUGGAGGAGGCAGCGAUAUCUAUGAUCUUGCAUCGUUUGCAUUAGAUUCCGUCGCAGCAGCAGCAGCAGAUGACAGUGAAACUCCUCAAUUCGGAGUGGAGGAUGUGGAGUUCAAUGCACUUGCGCUGCGGUCAGCAUUGGGGCUUGUGAAUAUCGGCCGGGUGCUCGUGGAGCACUCGUCCGUGUGCACUGGAUUCACACUCACUGAGAAAGAUCUCCUGAAGGAUAUGGAAGAGCUGCGCGCAAUGGCCAGAGGACUAGAGGGGGCUCUCAUCGGAAACAACAGUACACAGGGUCUCUGGAGCAUAUCGAGUGAUUUUUUCGCUGACUCUAGCAGAGUAUCGAUGACCUCAGUUCACUCCUUGCGGGGAUUUCUACCUGGUUAUGCUGUAGAGCUGGACGACGACAAAAAGAUGCUUCUCAUGAAGCAUUUUCUGUCGGAACCGGGAUCCUUCUCUUUCUUUUGUACUCAGUUUCCGGCUUCGUUUUUUGCCUGUCCUGAGGGCGAUCCGUCCGCUGGUACUGGCUCAAUGGACGAUCACCCUCCAGCAAGGACUUGGAUUCUGUACAAUUAUUAUUUGGAGCGAGGGUUUGCAAGGAACAAGUUCCCUGGCUUGGCUGAUUAUGUUCGCAACAAAACGAGGGACAUGGUGUGCGAGGCGGCAAUGCCUACUCGAACGUCGCUGGCUUGGUUCCCGUUCUCGCUGGCCACAUCGGAACCUGCCCCUACAGCCUUUGCACUGGCCUAUGACUCGCGCGAUGCGGCCCCCGUCGAAGUUUUUGACGACAAUUAUUUGGGGUCGACGCUGGCUGCUGCUGUCUUGCUAAACGUCUUGUUACCAGCAGUGACCCCGCCACCUAGUCCCGACACUCCACCCAUUGAUCAUCGUAUUCUCUCUGUAAUUAUGUGCGUUGAGUUAGUUGUUGCAUUCGGAGUGGCCAUGAGCUGCUUCCUCUUCUCGGUGUAUUUUGUGGCGAAUCGUCCCCGUGAAACGCGACUCUCGCCAGCAUCCGCAGCCCGCCGACGGUCUUCUGCUGGAAUUGGAGGGAAAAAGCCUCGGGACAAGCUGGACCGCCGCAGAGACAUGGACGACCGUAGCGCCAGCGGGUCGUCAUGGGCAGACAGGUACUCUGAGUCUUCGUACAGUGACUACUCGCCACCUUCUGGACAAUCACCGUAUGAAUUGGAGGAGUCGUUGAUUUCGGAGGAGGACGAGCACUACGGCUCCUUUGAUGAAGCAGAGCAGCAGCAAACUCCGUCUAACGCGGCAUGGAAAGCUGCGAAAAGCGCUCUUGCUGCCAUAAGUCCCUGGUGA